AUGGCUUUCUUCUUACGGCGCCCGUUCGCUGUAUCCUCGGCACUUCGCCAGGUUCCUAAGCUCUCAAAUACCACUCGAUUCAUUCACAACUCUCCUCUUAAGCCCACCCAGGCAACCAAGCCUCAGGGUGUUUCAUCCUCGAUCUUCGCCAAGUCCCGACAAAACUUCCAGAAUGCUUUCCGUCGCACAUACAUCCAGCAGAGCUACAAUGCUGCUCAAGGUGGUAACAUGACCCAGAAAUUGAUCUACGGCGCUGCCAUUGUUGGCGGUACUGUUCUGGCAACCAACUUCAUUUUCAACCGCGAGACACGAGAGGACGGCGGCAUGCCCGCUUACGAACGGAGCUUCCUGAACGAAACUUUCAUGCACACCGGUCUCGGUAUUGGUAUCAUUGGCGUUGCUGCUCGCGCUCUUCACAUGAGCGGCUGGUCUUAUCGUCUCAUGGCUAUGAACCCGUGGCUCGUCAUGGGUGUCGGUCUCGUUGGCAGCAUUGGCUCCAUGUACGGCACUUUCUACACCUCUCCGGAUAACUACGUCGUCAAGUAUGGCUGCUGGACUCUCUUCAAUCUUACCCAGGCUGCUCUUCUUUCUCCCUUGAUGUUCAUGAACCCCGCCAUUCUCGCUCGUGCUGGUCUUUACACCGUCGGUAUGAUGGGCUCAAUCGCUUUCGUCGGUGCCACUGCCAAGCAAGAGAAGUACCUGUACCUCGGUGGCCCUCUCCUUGCCGGUGUGACUAUCGUUGCUCUCUCUGGACUCGCCCCCAUGGUUCUGCCUGCUACUGCUGUUCGCACUCUGAUGUGGUCUGAGCGUAUGUGGCUGUAUGGCGGUCUUGCUGUCUUCGGUGGUUUUACUCUCUACGACGUGCAGAAGAUUCUGCACCACGCUCGUCUUGCUGAACGUGGUUUGAUCAAGCGUGAUGUUGUCAACGAGUGUGUCAGCCUGGAGUUGGACUUCAUCAACAUCUUCAUUCGCAUGGUCCAGAUCCUCGGCAUGGGCAACAACCGCCGCUAA